AUGUGGCAAAAGACGUUGAAAAGAAAUCCUAAUUCCAGUAGCAAAUUGGAAGCCAUUUCUAUUCGUUAUGCUACUUUUUCCAAUGUUGUGCAGAAAUUUCACUCAGUUGUAGAGGAAAUCGUGAUAUUAAAACAAAAACUUAAACAGGAUGAGGCUCCGAAUUAUGACUUGCUAAACACCUUUGACGAUCUUUAUGGUACGAUUGAGUAUUUAGCAGCUAAAUUUUUACCCUCUUCGACUCCAGAUCCCCCAGAAAGUACUGAUCCAGACAGAAGAGUUCGUAUGCCAAAGCUUGAACUUGUAAAAUUUUCGGGCGAUGACCUAUCAGUUUGGCCUUUAUUCUACGAAAAUUUUAAAUAUUUGAUUCACCGUAAAAGUGAAUUUGCAAAGGCUGAAAAAUUACAGUAUUUAUUGGGAAGUCUUACUGGAAAAGCUUUAGUAACUUGUAAUGCUUUUGAAGCUACCCUUAAUAAUUAUGAUUCAAGUUGGAAAUUAUUAGAGGAUACCUAUAAUGACAAAAAUAUUUAG